UAAAACGUCUACAAUGUCUCUUCCGAUAACUCAUCUGUCUAUAGUUGACUUAGAUGAGAAUGAUCCCUAUUAUUAUUUAUGUAAUGAUGUUCUUUUAGAAUACCAAACCCGUAUAAAUGUUAACUUUAAUCAUCCACGAGCACCUACCUUUUUAACAGAAAAUCAAGAUCAAUUAUUAUCUGAAUUAACCUCUUUUUCCGCUCUUCCUUUAAUUUCUCUAAAUCACAGAUUUCAAACUGAAAUUUUGUAUAUGUUCCCUUGUGUACCCUGUUCACAUUGCUCAAUUCUUAUGUUUCCUGUUCAAGCCAGAUGGCUCUCUCAUGAUAACAAUAUGGAAUAUGAUCUUUGUAAAGCUUUUUCACAUUUAUCACUCACUGAACAUCCUAAUAAAGAAGGCUAUAUUGCUGUAUGUAAUUCUUGUGUAUCUGUUGCUAAACGUCAUAAUGCUCCAACACUUGCUCCAGUUCCAGAUGAACUAAUGAAUGUUCUGAUGUUUUAUCGCUGUUGGCUUUUACCUAUUCAUCUGAGUUGUUCUCUUGGACAUGCUGAAAAUGCAAAUCAUUUUACCCAUUAUCGCCACCUUACUGGUGUCUUUGGUCUUUCAAAGAAUAUUCGUGCUUUACAAAUUUAUACUGGAACAUUAGGUGCUAUUUUAGAUCCCUCUCAUAAUAAUAACUGGUUUUAUCUAUCUUUACUAAAUGUGGCUAGCUGGUUGAAAAUCAAUAACUGA